AUGUCGUCGGGCUUUGGGUUCAAGGGCACGGCCAACCGGUGCUACUCCUUCUGGAAGGAGGUCGAGCGCUGCAACCGCGAAGCGGACCUUCCCGGCUCGUGCGCCGCCCCCGUCGAAGACUACCUCGAGUGCCUCCACCACAAGAAGGAGUUCUCGCGCAUGAACGCCAUGGUUGUCCAGCAGGAUCGCGAAGCCAAGGGCCUCGGCAGCAGCAGCGCGCCGCAUCAUUAGCCGCUCAGUACUCCGUAGCCCAUCUAGCGCGCAUUGUCGUGCCUAUCGCGAUGUACAGUGC